UAAGAAAGCAAGAUGGCGACACCGAGUGUGUUCGGGCUGUUGCUCGCUAGUCUUACCUACCAUGUUCUGGCCGUUGUAGACUUCGAAGCACAGGUGGACCAUGUUAUUCAACAGGCCCACCAUUGUCGUCAUAACAACCCCGGCCUGGCGGUGGCCGUCGUCAGGAACGGCAAAGUAAUACUGGCGAAAGGUUAUGGUGUGAGUGACGUGACUACCGGAACUCCCAUAACGAACACCACCGUCUUUGGAAUAGCGUCACUCAGCAAAGCAUUCGCAGCAACGUUAUUAAUGAAACAACUCGGACCUAACAAUCUCAGCAUUUACUCAAAUGUAGCAGAUGUUCUGGGUGACCAUUUCAAAUUCUCUACCAACAUCCGGACAGAAAAUGCAGACCUCCGCGACCUGUUGGCCCACACCUUGGGAAUACCCGAAAACAACUACAUUCGACUCGACACCAAUUUAACGCUUCAAAAUCUGCCCAGCCGGAUUCAGUACUUGAAAUCCAUUCAUCCUUUCCGGAGUUCCUUCGUCUACAACAAUCUGAUGUACGGACUGGUUACCAGCAUCUCCGAGAAGCUUGGUCAAAGAACAUGGCCAGAGCUCAUAGAAACAAACCUUUUCACGCCUUUGGGAAUGUCAGGGUCUACUUUCAUGUCGACAGUUAACCGCAAAAGCACUGAUGUUGCGCAGGGAUAUGUGAAUGAUUUAGACACCGGGGCUCUUGUACCAGUACCUGAGGAAUUAAAUAGGCACUGGGGCAAAAUAGGAGGGUCCGGCGGAGUGAUGAGUAAUGCUGCAGAAAUGACAAAAUGGAUGUUGUUUCAUUUACAUGGCGGGAAAAACUCAGCUGGUCAUCAGGUGGUAGAUGCGCAUGCGUUGUCUUCCAUUUAUGUUCCCAGAAAUGUGAUUCGCAGUUCAACAGUUGGUCACUACUUUACGAAACCUGUUGUGCCAGUAACUACAAGCGAAAACACCUACGCUUUUGGUUGGAAAAACGGUUUCUACAGAGGGUAUCGAAUUCUUCGACACUCCGGAACUACAUUCGGAUACUCCUCGCUGCUGACUCUCAUACCGGACAUGAACAUUGGUGUAUUUAUAACGAUGACAGGAUCAGACCACGAUUACAUAUUUCGUACAGUGCUAGAAAAUUAUCUGGCUGAUAUGGCGCUUGGUGAGACACCAUGGCUGAACGCUACCACUAUGUGCACGUUCCCAGAACCGUGGAUGCGGAAACACGUUACAACACACCAUUCAAUUGUGAAAAAUCUCCCCUUGCACCGGUCGGUUUCCUCGUACGUCGGAACCUAUCACAACGACGCUUACGGAAAUUUAUACAUACACGCCUCACGGACAGACCAUCAACAGCUUAAAAUGCAGGUCGGAAUCGGCAACUGGAAUCUUUACCCGUCGCAAACCGCAGACCAUUUCAAUGGAGAAGGGGAGGGAACACUAUAUAAAAUAAGAGAUUUGAGGAAUGUACAGUUCCAUAUGGACUCGCAACACUCGAGCAUUCACAGCGUCGAAGUUCCCGGAUUUGAAUCACACGUCCCGCCAGUGUUCACUAAAACUACAUCUGAUAUUUCUGGUGUACUUAUUGGAUGAAAAAUUAAAUUCAUUUUACUUAAAAUUUC